GCAGCGCCCAGCCUUGUGUCCCGCGCUAUGCUGAGACAAGGGCACCCUAUUCCUGCUUGUUUCGGUCUUCACAAGGGCACCCUAUUCCUGCUUGUUUCGGUCUUCACUUUGUGCAACAGCAAAUGCCUGUAUGUGUAAGAGCAUGAAACAGACAGCUCUGGUCUUGGGAUCUCUUGGAUAAAACGAGGUAACACGCCGAUCAGUGGUCGUCCAGUGACCCGCCAGGUCAGCAUACAGAAGUGCAAAAUCCCAAGCUGACAUAAUGAACAACCAAGAGGCUGGUGUUCUACGUUGCUGGAGAUGUAGGAAAUGUAUAACAAAUUCUGUCUUUUUUGCAAAAUGUAAUGGGAAAAAAACAUCCAAAAUACCACAACUUUCAGCUGCUGCUCAGAAUUCUUGCAACGCAUGGCAUGUAAGCUUAGAAGCCAUUCCAGAGUGGGUGAAAUGUGUCAUUGAAAAGGCACAGUGGACAAUUGGAAAACUGCACUGUCCGUUCUGUGAGGCCUGCUUAGGGGGCUUUAACUUUGUUUGCAACAAAGAAUAUUCCUGCAGACAGCUAGUAAAUAGACAUUUCUGCAAAAGUUGGACGGAGCAUCAGCCACCUUUCUCUGUUAAAUUGUCAAAAUCAUCAGAAAAACAUUUACUUCUCAAAAUUCAGUCUGGUUUUAACAAGGAUAACUACCUUGAAGUAGUAACUGCAACUUUAGAAAUCAAAAAUCAAGGACUUUCCUACGCAGCUGGAAGUAGUAAUGAUGCUGGCAGAUUAACAGAAGCACUUUGUCUAGAAGUAAGAGCUCCCAGAUAUGAGAUAGAAAGUAAAAAACUUCCCUUAAAGGCAUUAAAUCAAAAAAGAAAUCUCCCUUCUUCCUGUCCUGUAAAAGAUGCAUGCACUGCAAAACCUUUUCACAGAAGAUCACGUAGCUUGGAUUUAAAUACUGGAGAAAGACUUGUUUUGUCACCUGUGUUAUAUGAAACUUGCAACAUGGGAACACUUUACUGUGGCCAGAAUGAAAAUCCACCUGCUUACAUACAAGGGCGCUUUCAAUUAGGGUCCAAUCGGAAAGGUGGUAGUUCUUUUCAGGAUCUUUAUAGUUCCAGUGCUGACAUAUUACAAAACCAAUUUCAAGUUACUUCCAUUACCACAUUACUACACAGAGAAACAGAAAGUGAGUGUGAUUUUGAAGUUACCGGACAAUCUUCUGGGAGUGUCAUUGCUGAUGGGUCCCCAUUUGUGAUGAAUCUUUCCUCACCUACAAGGGCUGUAGAAGACAAGUGGUACAUCACACCUGGUGGUCUCGUGCAGCCUAUGAGUAUUUCCUUCAACGAAAAGCUGAGUAAGAGAGAAAGAGACAAGUCAAAAAGCCUGAGGAGAAAACAGAGAAUGAGAGAGCAAUGUCUACAGAAGCGACCUGAAAAUGAUAACCUGCAUACAGAUGAUGAGCAUGAACUCAGACGAGAUAAAGAAAGCUAUCUCUGUGCUGUGUGUCUGGAUGUUUAUUUCAAUCCUUACAUGUGCUAUCCAUGCCACCAUAUCUUUUGUGAACCUUGCUUAAGGAUGCUUGCCAAAGACAAUCCAGCCAGCACUCCAUGUCCACUAUGUCGUACUACAAUUGCCACAGUCUUUUUCCAAAGAGAUCUGAAUAACUCUACCAGAUCUUUUUUCCCUAUGGAAUAUUUGAAUCUAAAGGAAAAUUUUCAAAAAUCCAAUUCUGCUAAAUGGCCCCUACCAAGCUGCAAGAAAGCAUUCAGAGUUCUUGAAGCAGGUUUUCGGAGGCGCUCAAAUACUGUAACAAGGAGGCAUUUCCCACAUGCUGCUCACAGGAUGGACUAUAUGGACUUCGAGGAUGAUAGCCGUGGAUGGCGUUUUGAUAUGGACAUGUUCUUUACAGGUAGCUUUUGUCAGAAAUCAUCUGGGGACAUGGUCUGGAUUUUAACACAUUCUGAUAAUGAAGAAUUCUCAGUACUGGUGCUGUUAGUCAAAACCAUUUAAUUGUUGAAGACAGCAGAAAUCCAGGACAAGACUUAGGUUUCACUUUUACAGGCAAAGGAACUUCAUGCCUACACAGAAGUGUGUGAGUUUUUUUGUCCAGCAGUGGAUAUGUUUCUAGCCACCCUACCUGCCAAUGGUUCAGUCAUCUUGCUUCUCUCAUAAGACAGUUCUAAAAUAAAAAAAUCCCAAACAA